AUGCCGCCGAGUGAUUCUGUGUCGAAGUUGUUGAUUGCCAAUCGCGGCGAGAUCGCGAUUCGCGUGGCUCGGGCGGCGUCCGAUCUGGGGAUUGGCGCCGUAUCCGUCUAUUCGAAGGACGACGCCAGGUCCCUGCAUGUCCACGCGGCCGACGAAGCGGUUGAACUCGAUGGACUGGGCGUCCCGCCAUACCUGGACAUCGAUGGUCUGAUCGAGGCUGCGCAAUCGACCGGUUGUGACGCCGUGCAUCCCGGCUACGGAUUCCUGGCCGAGUCGGCGGAGUUCGCGCGCCGCUGCCGUGACGCGGGACUCACCUUCGUCGGCCCGACGCCGCACUUGCUCGACCUGUUCGGCGACAAGGUGCGAGCUCGGCAGGCGGCGCGCGAGGCCGGCGUGCCGGUGAUCGAGGGCUCGGACGAGGCGGUCACGCUGCAAGAAGCCCUCGACUUCUUCGAGUCGUUGGGCGAGGAUGCGGCGAUCAUGCUCAAGGCGGUCUCCGGCGGCGGCGGUCGCGGCUCGCGGGCGGUGACGAAUAUCGACGAGCUGGAAGCCGCCUGGCAGCGCUGCGAGUCGGAAGCGCGGAUGGCCUUCGGAUCGAGCGCGCUGUAUGUGGAGCAACUGAUUCCUCGCGCUCGUCACAUCGAAGUGCAGAUCAUCGGCGACUGCACGGCGAGGUCGGACACCUGUGGGAGCACGCGUGAGGCGAUCAUCGAGGCGGCCGUGCGAAUUGCCCGCGAUGUCAGCUACUCCUCGCUGGGUACGUUCGAGUUCCUACUCGAUGCCUCAGCAGGUUCCAAUGGUUCUUUCUACUUCCUCGAAACGAACGCGCGGCUCCAGGUCGAGCACACAGUGACCGAGCAGGUCACGGGCGUCGACCUGGUGCAAUCACAACUUCGCGCUGCGCAGGGCGUGUCCAUCGCCGACCUUGGCCUGGACGAUCCGUCCUGGCUGCGACCACGCGGUUUCGCGAUCCAGACUCGCGUCAACAUGGAAACGCUGACCGCCGACGGCUCGGUGCGCCCGGCGUCGGGGACGCUCAAGGCGUAUGAAGCGCCGUCCGGACCGGGCGUGCGCACCGAUGGCUUCGGCUACGUGGGCUACCAGACCUCGACCGCGUUCGACUCGCUGCUGGCCAAGGUCAUUUCGCAUUCGCCAACGCCGAGGUUUGAGGAUGCGGUCACCCGCUCGCUGCGAGCGCUGUCCGAGUUCCGCAUCGAGGGCGUCGCGACGAACAUUCCGUUUCUCACCAAUGUGUUGGAGCAUGAGGACCUCGUCCAAGGACGCGUGCACACGCGCUGGGUCGACGAGCAGAUGGCCGCACUGGCCUCGACCAACGGUGUGCAGCGCGUCCGCUAUCUGCAGACGGUCACUCCGACCGCAGACUCCGGCUUCGCCGGCGCGCGCGUCGACUCGCGCGACCCGCUGGCCCUCUUCAAGCACGACGAGCAGGUCAAGCAGCAGCAGUCGGUCCAGGUGGUCGAGGAAGAUGCGCCGGACUUGACUGGUCCUGAGGGAUCGAUCGGAUUGCCCGCGCCGAUUCAGGGCACGAUCGUCGCGAUCCUGGUCGAGGAGGGCCAGGAGGUGCGGAAGGGCCAGGACCUCGUCGCCAUGGAAGCGAUGAAGAUGGAGCACGUGAUCUCCGCUGACCGCGACGGGAUUGUGAAGUCGUUGGCCUGUUCCAUCGGCGACGUGAUCCGUGAGGGAUUCCCGCUGGUCUUCAUCCUCGAGGCCGAGGUGUCCGUUGCCGAACUCAGUGGCGACGAUCUGAUCGAUCCAGACUUCAUCCGCCCCGACUUGCAGGAAAACUAUGACCGUCACGCCUACACGCUGGACGAGAAUCGCCCGGUCGCGAUGGCCAAGCGUCGCGGUCGCGGCUAUCGCAUGCCGCGCGAGAACAUCGAACAGCUCGUUGACCCGGGUUCAUUCCAGGAAUACUGGCCGCUGAUCGUUGCGCGCCAGCACCAGCGCAAUACCGACGAGCAGCUCCGCGAGAACACACCCGCCGACGGUCUGUUGGCCGGCACCGCGACGAUCAACGGCGACCUGCUCGAAGAAGAGCGGGAUGCUCGCGCAAUCGUGGUCCACUACGACUACACGGUGCUCGCCGGCACGCAGGGCGGUCGCAACCAUUACAAGCAGGACCGCAUGUUUGAGAUGGCGCGGCGGUUCCAAUUCCCCAUCGUCUUCUACACCGAGGGCGGCGGCGGGCGUCCAGGCGACGACCGCACCGGCCCAGGCGUCGCGUUCGACACCUACACAUUCACCCAGUUCUCGAAGCUGAGCGGGUUGGUGCCGCUGGUCGGCGUGACCAACGGACGCUGUUUCGCCGGCAACACGGCGUUGCUCGCCUGUUGCGACGUAAUCAUCGCUACCGAGGGCUCGACCGUCGCGAUGGGCGGUCCGGCGAUGAUCGAAGGCGGCGGGCUCGGAAUCUACACGCCUGAGGAAGUCGGGCCGAUGUCGUUCCAGGUGCCAAACGGCGUCGUCGACAUCCUCUGCAAGGACGAGGAAGAGGCGACCGACAUCGCCAAGAAGUACCUCAGCUACUUCCAGGGACCGAUCAAGGAGUGGACCGCGCCCGACCAGCGCCGCCUGCGGCACAUCGUGCCCGAGAAUCGGCUGCGGCUCUACGACAUGCGCGAGAUCAUCGACACCAUCGCCGACGAGGGCUCGGUGCUGGAGAUUCGCGAGAAGUUCGGGAUCGGGAUCAUCACCGCAUUCAUCCGCGUCGAGGGACAUCCGAUCGGCGUGAUCGCCAACAACCCGCACCACCUCGCCGGCGCGAUUGACUCGGAUGGCUCCGACAAGGGCGCGCGAUUCCUCCAGCUCUGCGAUGCCUUCGACAUCCCCGUGCUCAGCCUGAUGGACUGCCCCGGCAUGAUGGUUGGCCCCGAUGUCGAAGCGACCGCGCUGGUGCGUCACUGCGCGCGGAUGUUCAAUACCGGCGCCAACCUCAGCGUGCCGCUGUUCGGCGUGGUCGUGCGCAAGGCCUACGGACUCGGCGUCCAGGCGAUGUGCGGCGCCAGCGCGUUGGUCGGGUUCUUCACGGUCGCCUGGCCGACGGCGGAGUUCGCCGGCAUGAACCUCGAGGGUUCGGUCAAGCUCGGCUAUCGCAAGGAGCUGAUCGCGAUCGAGGACGCCGAGGAGCGAAUUGAAACAUACGAAAACAUGGUCGCCAGGGCGUACGAGAACGCCAAGGCAGUCAACGCCGCCGCCGGCGGAGGUCUCGACGACGUGAUCGAUCCCGCCGAGACGCGCACCUGGAUCGCAAAUAGCCUGAAGCGUCUACCGCCGACGCCAGAGCGUCGUGGGAAGAAGCGCCCCUAUAUCGACACGUGUACUGACCGCCAGAACGCCGAAACUGCCGAAGCUGGAGGAUCGCAAGCAAAGCCGUCUCCGCUCCCGCUGACGAUUGCCGCCCUGGAAGGCCAGUCGCUGGAGUCCAUGAUGCGGGCGAUCUACGAGCGACAACAAGCGAUGUGCCCGUCCGUAUGCUCCUACGUUCUGGGCACCGGGAUUUACGGAUUGCCGCAAGUCCUGGAACCGGAAACCGACCCGCCAGAGAGCGUCGCCGAACUGGUCACGGGUUGGACCGGCAGCAUUUGGAUUGGAGAGUUCUCAGACUACGAACUUGCCUGGACGGAGCCGAAGCGAAUUGUGCUCGUCUCGGUCGAAGGCGUUCCUCCCCCACACCAGGGCUUCUAUGAGACUGUCGGCAAUGGUCUGGAGUUUGUUCGCAUUCGCGGUGAAUGGGAGUUGACCAUAAUAUCGAGGUUGUUUGACUGUGAGGAUCCGAGCGUUCCCCUUCCUGAUGGCAUCGGAACGCUUGCGAGUCGUCACAGGGGGGAGGACGGCUACUUUCUCUACGAUGUUGAAGAAGCUGUGGACUACGACCAUGAGUCGCAAGAUGAGACUGAACAACGGUAUUCGAUUCUGGAAAUCCGCAAUCCUCAGGACUGGCCGCCUGCAAUCGACGUAGCUGAGCUAACGGACCUGCUGACGGCGACUGCGCGAGAGCGCUGGUCGGUGGACUUUGCCUGUGUGAGCGUUACCAGGCGUUCGGUCGAAUCGGGCGAUGCAGGGACGGGAUUGAACGCGGAUUCGCCUAUGCCAGAUGGCAUUCUGUCGAUAUUCGAAGAGCUGCGCUAUGACCCUGAGCAGGCGUUGCUGCGGCUCAUCGGCGAGCGGAGCAUCGUAUUGGCUUGGGUGGAGACGCGCGGCGGCGGACAGGUCAACGGCGGGGAGUUCGUUAGAGACUCGAGCGGCGAGUGGGCCGAGCGGACCUGGGUCUCGAUGUACGGAUGCGACGCGCUGGGCCAGUAG